AUGGCCGAUGAAAUUGUUGGUGACGCAAAGAAGAAUAUUUUUGGUAAAAUAGAUAAAAAGGUUGAAGAAUUUAGUGAUGACAUAAAGAAUGAAAUUAUCUGUGAAAAAGAUAAACUGCUCGAGAAUAUUAAAGAUGACAGAGAGAAGAAAAUUAUCGAUAAAAUAUUCAAGAAAGCUGGUGAUAUCAUAAAGAAUAAAAUUAUUAAUGAAAAAAAUAAAAUUCUCGAGAAAGUUGGUGAAGUUGACAUGUUAAAGAAAUUUUAUAAUUACAUGCGCGAUGAAUUUAGUGGCAUAAAGAAAAAUGUUGAUGGUAACAUAGAGAAAAAGCUUAAGGGAGUUGUUAGUGACAUAAAGACAAAGCUUGAGGGAGCUGUUGGUGACAUAAAGAAAAAGCUUAAGGAAAUCGCAAAAAUGGUUCUCGAUAAAAUAGCCUACGAAGUUAAUGGUGAACUAAAGAAAAUUAUCGUUGAAAUGCUCAAGGAGGAAAUUAUCGAUAAACUUGUCAAGAAAUUUGUUAAUAAUAUAGAGACCAAUAAUAAAAUAUUCAAGAAAAUCAGUAAUGACAUAAGAAAUAAAAUUAUCAAUGAAACAGAUAAAAUGCUCAAGAAAGUGCUCGAUGACAUGUUCGAAGCAAUUGGUGGCAUGUUGAAGAAUUUUGAUUACAAGUUCGAGAAUGUUAAUGAAAUAAAGGAAAAGAUCAGGGAAAUUUUCAAGGAAGAAGACAUAAAGAAAAAACUUAGUAAAAUUCUAGAGGAAGUUGUUGGUGAUACAAAGAAAAAAGUCAAGGAAGUUGGUGACAAAAUCGACGAGAAGAAAAUUAUCGAUAAAAUAGUCAAAGAAAUUGGCGGUGAAACAGAGAACAUUAUCGAUGGGAUACUCAAUGAAAUACUCAAGGAGAUUUUUGAAGAAACAAAUAGAAUAUUUGAGAAAGUUGGCGAAUGCAUAAAGGAAAUUAUCGAUAAAAAGCUCGAAGGAGUUGGUGAUGACACGAAGAAAAUUAUCGAUGAAAUUCUCAAGAAUGUUGAUGGUAACAUAAAGAAAACUAUCGAUACAAUGUUCGAAAAGAAAAUUGUCGGCAUAAAAGUUAAAACUAUCUAUGAACUUUCUGGUGGAGUAUAUAAAAAAAUUUUUCGCGAAGAAAGCGGGAAAAAAAUUGAAGGUGCUGAUGAUACACGCAAUAUUCCCAGACCAUAUUCUAUUGAAGGUUUAAUAAGAAUUCCUGAUGAAAAGGUUUCUGAUGGAAAGGUUGCUGAUGGAAAAGAUUCUGCCCAACUUUCAUACGAUGAUACGAAUGAAAAAAAAAAGAAAUUUGAUGAAUACAUAAAUGAACGAGUUGUUAAUAUCCUAGAAGACAUAGAAAAUACUCUUGACGGAGUGGAGUCUAACCAACCCAACGAUGAUAAGAGCGUUAAACAAGUUAUUAAAGUCACUCUUGAUAAAAAGGAAACUCGUGCUAAAAAGGAUUCUAAUAAAAUUAAUUCUAACCAACCUCCAAGCGAAGAUACGGAAGACAAAAUAAUUGAAGAAGUUUUUAAAAAGGUCCCAGAAGACGCUUGUGAAAUGAUAAAGAAAGUUUUUGAAGAUGACAAAUUAUUUGAUAAUUCUGGCAAUGAAAUUUCUGACGAAAUACAAACCAGAAUUAAUAACAAGAUGCCCGAAAUUCUUCGUAAAAUCUCUUUAAAAAUAUCUAAUCAAAGUUCUUAUACUCCCUAUGUGGAUAAUAUACUUUCUGCAGAAAUUUCUACAGAAAUACAACUUACUACAAAUACCCAAUACGCAGAAACUCAAUCUACAAAAACACAACUUACUAAAGAACCACAACUUACCAAAGGACUACAACUUACUACAAAGAUACAUCUUGUUAAAGAAAUAAGUUCUCCUGCGAUAAAAUCUAUAAUCUUUGCCGAGAUACAUAUUGAAAUUGCCAUUAUAUUACUAGAAGUACUUCUUUACAACAAAUUACUGGAAAAUUUUUUUAACCUAUUACAAGAAAAAAUUUCGGACGAUAUUAAAGGAAUUACAGAAUUUCAAAAAUUUAUUGAAAAAAAGACUUUAAUGAAUAAACAUGAAAGGGGUGGAAUUUCUGCUAAAGUUUCUACUAAACUGUCCAGUGAAAUUUCUAAUAAAAUCAAAGAAGAGACUUCUAAUGGGGUUCACGAAGAAAUUGAAGAAAUUAAAAAAUAUUUUUACGAAAUUCUUAAUAUAAUUUAUAACUCUGUAAAGGUUAUGGAUAGUAAACUAAAAAUCUCUAAAGAGCAAGAAACUUCUAAUGAAGGACAAACGUCUAAUGAAGAAAUUUAUGAUGAGCAAGAACCUCCUAUUGAAGAACAAAAGCUUGCUAAAGAACAAAAACUUGCCAAAGAACAAAAGUUUGCUAAAGAGAUACAAAAUUAUCGUUACACAAUAACUUAUGAAAUUGAUGAAAUCAAAAAUCUAUUUCAUAAGACAAUGAAUGAAAAUCUUCAUGUUAUUAAAAUCACAGAAAAAGAUAACCUUGUUAUAUCACUGAAAGAUAUAAUACAUAAAGAUGUAAUCGACAGUAAGACUGUAGAUAUGGAACAUAUCAUAUUCAUCAUAUGUGCAAUACUCGAUAGCGAAUCUUUAGUAUUUUUGAAUAACAUAGCAGUAGAUUAUACUAAAAAAGUAAAAGAAUAUUUGAAGACUAACUUCGAAUUUAAUGGUCAGAAGAGUGACUGCGAAAAUAAUGAUCAAAAUAGUGAUCAGAAAGAUGGCAACAAAAAUAUUGAUCAAAAAAUUGAUCGAUAUAUUGAGAGGUUUAUUGUAAUUAGAGUACUGGUAGAAAUUAUUUGUAAGAAUAUUCCACUUAUUAUUAUUAUGGCGAUUUAUACUUCAUCAAUAGUGGUCUACUCUUAUAUGCCGUUUAUGGCAUUGAUAACGUCCUGUAUGAAGUUUCUUGCACUUAUUAUUCUAGAAUAUCAUCGUUUGAGAGAUUUCAUUAAGACAAUUGGCGAUUUUUCAGACUCAGCACUACAUCAAUUUACUCCUCUACGAACCUACAAUUUUCAAACUGGACAGAAUGGCAGCAAUAUUCAGUUUGAUCCGAAUGCUAUUAGUUCUAGUGCUUCUUACAUGAUCACGACAAUAUCCACUAUCACUGGCGACUAUGCUAUAUUGACCGUCAACUCGUCAUUGGUGGGGACCAACACUUCAUUAUACACACGCGCCGGAUUGUAUAUGACCACUAUACCCUAUAAUCAGUCUUACGCAAAUAACCAAGUUCUUCUAUAUCAAUUAAAUUUACCAAAUUUAACUUUUCUUGGACUUUAUUGUGAUAUAGCACCUAGCGGUAUAGGUUAUGUAUGCGUAAUUGAAGUUAAUUCUAAUCAAACACAAUCGACUUAUGUGAAAGUUGCUUUCUUAACAUCCGCAUCGGUGACGCAGAUCAAUUUACUAACCACUAAACCUGACCUUAGCACAACUGGGAUCACGUUUCAAGGUCUUGGAAUGCAAUCAAUGGCAUUCGGUGGUUAUAUAUUUUAUGCUAUGAAUCAAAACCACGUGAAUGCUGUACUUUACAUAGCAUCUCGAUCCAAUAAGCCUGUACCUGGCGAUGCCAAACAAAUGUUAAAUACAGCCACAGCUGGACUAUUCUCUGCCUCUCAUACGAGAGGAUUCAAUGGAGCUAAAGUUAUGAAUUUGGUACUUAUUGGUCUAACAUUAUAUAAUAGUGAAACUUUACUACUUAUAAACGAAGGCCAACUUAAAGACAUGUUUGGUAAAGAUUUUGAAGCUACAGCUAAAUAUAGAGGUUUUGCUGAUAUUUUACUUAAGAGUAUUCCACAGCUGAUUACCCAGUAUUAUUCCAUUCCUUACACUAUGUUUAACUGCCUUUAUGAUAUUUCUUACGACUCUUCAAUCGAUACUUAA